GGCGCUGAGUGGACACAACUCACAACUCACAGGAGCACAGGAGUUGUGGACCAAGCAGGCAAAGCUCAAUUCGACGACAUUUCCUUUCUCUUCGGCUCUUUUUGGGUGAAACUUCCCGCACAUUUUCCGUGGAGCAAAGUGGUAAUUAGACUGACUGAAAGGCGCCACCGGUGAACUUUACAGCAUCAUCUCAGUGGGCAGGUGCAAAAUAGAUGCUGCCUGCAGGAAAGGAUUUUGUGCACAUCUAAGCGUCUUGUGACUUUAAGACAAUGUUGAUGAAGGAGUACCGCAUCUGCAUGCCCCUCACCGUGGAGGAGUACCGGAUCGGGCAGCUGUACAUGAUCAGUAAGCACAGCCACGAGCAGAGCGAACGUGGGGAGGGGGUGGAAGUUGUGCAGAAUGAGCCCUAUGAAGACCCUGAGCACGGUGCGGGACAGUUCACCGAGAAACGGAUCUACUUAAACAACAAGUUGCCCGGCUGGGCAAGAGCGGUGGUGCCGAAGAUUUUCUAUGUGACAGAGAAGGCUUGGAACUAUUACCCGUACACCAUUACAGAGUACACGUGCUCUUUCCUGCCCAAGUUCUCCAUCCAUAUAGAGAGCAAGUAUGAGGACAACAAAGGGAGCAAUGAUAAUAUAUUUGGCAGCGAGCCUAAAGACGAGGAAACAGAGGUGUGCCGUGUCGACAUCGCCUACGACGAGGUUCCUGAACGCCACUACAAGGAGUCCGAGGACUUGCGCUACUUUAAGUCGAGGAAGACCAACCGAGGCCUCCUGGAGGAAGGAUGGAUCAACACCCAAGACCCCAUCAUGUGCUCCUACAAGCUGGUCAGCGUCAAGUUUGAAGUGUGGGGCCUGCAGACACGAGUGGAGCAGUUUGUACACAAGGUAAUCCGAGAUGUCCUUCUGUUGGGACACAAGCAGGCAUUUGCCUGGGUGGAUGAGUGGGUAGACAUGACCAUGGAGGAGGUCCGAGAGUACGAGCGUGCCACCCAAGAAGCCACGAACCUCAAGAUCGGCACCUUCCCUCCCGCCAUCGCCAUCACAGACACCCCACUGUCAUCCAGCGCCCGCAGUGGCCCAAACAGCGCCCCGUCCACCCCUCUCUCCACCGAAGCCCCCGAGUUCCUGUCGGUGCCAAAGGACCGACCCAGGAAGAAGUCCGCCCCGGAGACCUUGACCCUGCCGGAUCUGCAGGGCCGCCGGGAUUCCAUUUUCAAACUUCCCAGCUUCUUCUCAUGGAACGCCAGUCCUCAGCCCGAAUGAGAGCGCGUGAGACGCCGUCCCAAAAUGUGUAAAGCGCACUCUCCUCUUUAACAAAGCGGAGGAUGCCUGCCUGCCCAGCACAUCCCAUAAUGCCCCAUCAGCCAGCCAGCUGAAGGAGACUUGUCAGAAUCCCCGGCUGGUGUUACAGCAGAGCCUGCAGACAGGCGAGGCUGAAGUCCUGCACUUCCUUCAAAAAUGGAUGGAGACUCCACGUCGGUCCUUAAAAAGUCCAAGUAAAGUCAGCCAGUGAGCACCACUUAGCCUAAUUAUGUGUACAAUACAUUCCUUUUAAAUAAGCUCAGGGUGUUGGACACUCAGUUAUGUUGUGAUUUAAACACAUGAUGCACAUUUUGUGUUGUUUUUGCUUCCACCGUCGUGCGUGUAGUUGGGCCUGCAACUGUAACAUUUGACCGCCGUGGUUGCCGCGCUGGGCUGUAAAGGUGACUUUGUAUAGCUGUAAAUAGCAUUUCUAUAUGGGAAUACACUCUUGAACAGGCCUGGGCAAUUAUUUUGACUCGGGGGGGCCAAAUUUAGAGGAAGAAAAUGUGUCUGGGGGGCCGGUAUAUCUAUUUUUAGGAAAACUAAUACGAAGCCUCACAAUAAAGUCUGAUUGAAUGCUAAAAAUGUUAUGACAGACAGACAGACAGCAGCUUUAUUUUGUCCAUUCUUAACAUGUACAAGACACGUAAGAACUGAAAAUUACAUUUUCGGCACAAUCCCGCUAAGAGCAGACAUACGCUACCGUUCAAAAGUUUGGGGUCACCCAAACAAUUUUGUGGAAUAGCCUUCGUUUCUAAGAACAAAAAUAGACUGUCGAGUUUCAGAUGAAAGUUCUCUUUCUGGCCAUUUUGAGCGUUUAAUUGACCCCACAAAUGUGAUGCUCCAGAAACUCAAUCUUGCUCAAAGGAAGGUCAGUUUUGUAGCUUCUGUAACGAGCUAAACUGUUUUCAGAUGUGCGAACACGAUUGCACAAGGGUUUUCUAAUCAUCAAUUAGCCUUCUGAGCCAAUGAGCAAACACAUUGUACCAUUAGAACACUGGAGUGAUAGUUGCUGGAAAUGGGCCUCUAUACACCAUACUUGCCAACCCUCCCGUUUUUAGCGGGAGAAUCCCGGUAUUCAGCGCCUCUCCCGACAACCUCCCGGCAGAGAUUUUCUCCCGUCAAACUCCCGGUAUUCAGCCGGAGCUGGAGGCCACGCCGACAGCCUGUUCUCACGUCCGCUUUCCCACAAUAUAAACAGCUCGCCUGCCCAAUGACGUCAUAACAUCUACGGCUUUUAGAGAGUAGAGUGCACAACAAGGAGAGAGAGUCCUUGGUUUCUUAUGUGGGUUUAUUGUUAGGCAGUUUCAUUAACGUCCUCCCAGCGCGGUGACAACACACAACAACAGCAGUCACGUUUAGUCUACCGUAAAGCAGUUUGUCUGCCGUAAACAGCAAUGUUGUGACACUCUUAAACAGGACAAUACUGCCAUCUACUGGAUAGCCUGCAGAACACUGAAAUUAAAGUAUGUCUUUUAUUUAUAUGUAUAAUAAAAUUAAAAUAAAAUAUAUAUAUAUAGCUAGAAUUCACUGAAAGUCAAGUAUUUCAUACACAUAUAUAUAUAUGAAAUACUUGAUUUGGUGAAUUCUAGCUGUAAAUAUACUCUCCUCUUAACCACGCCCUUUGCCACGCCCCAAACACGCCCCCCACCUCCCGAUAUUGGAGGUCUCAAGGUUGGCAAGUACACCUAUGUAGAUAUUGCACCAAAAACCAGACAUUUGCAGCUAGAAUAGUCAUUUACCACAUUAGCAAUGUAUAGAGUGUAUUUCUUUAAAGUUAAGACUAGUUUAAAGUUAUCUUCAUUGAAAAGUACAGUGCUUUUCCUUUAAAAAUAAGGACAUUUCAAUGUGACCCCAAACUUUUGAACGGUAGUGUACGUUACAGGGGGACAAGACGGGACCGCCAACGGAUCAGCCACUUACAGCGCUCCUUAAAAAGGUGGGAAAAAGGUGACAUUGGCAAAGGGGGAAGAGUAAAAAAAAAUAUCAGUCUGAGUCUGGACCCUCAGGAGGGGUCCAGACUUGAGUCCGGGGAAAAAACCUCACAGAGCAUGGCACACAUAAACAUGGUACAUGUAAUCACAACAACUCGCAACAGAGGAGGGGGGAUUUGGGGCCCUGGAGGCCGGCUGCCGCUAAUAAAGCGCUUCUCAGCCCCCACAACCCCGGAGGAAUUAAGCAGUGGUGAAGGCGUUGAUUUGGGGAGGGGUGUGUGCGUAAGUUCAGACGAAGACAAGGACACAAGAAAGCAAGCAGGGAAGGAGGGAGCGGAGAAAAAUGUGACCGCCCUCACCAAGAGGCAAGACAGAAAAGCGGAAUAGAAUUUAAUUUUUUUUCUAUGAACAAUAAAACCCUGAAUAUUGACAACAUAAUAUUGUCACACCCACUCUCCAUCGACAUAUUUUACAAUCAACAAAAAUGCAACAAACACAGCGAAAUAUGAACGUGAAGGGUAAAAAAACACAAAAAACAUCUACAAUCUGAUAUAUGUGAUACAUCACUAAGCUUUACAACUUUCUUGUAAAAAUCUCCUUCCGCGUCUGUCCCUGACACCCGCAUUUCAGGCUCUGGAAACACUCCCCACCCACACUGCUUGGUGCCUCGUCUGACCUGCUGUGACGUAGAUUACCAUAGUAACUAGCACGGUUGUACGUAGGGCUGCAACUAACGAUUCAUUUGAUAAUCGAUUAAUCUGUCGAUUGCUACUUCGAUUAAUCGAUUAAUAAUCGGAUAAAAGAGACAAACUACAUUUCUAUCCUUUCCAGUAUUUUAUUGAAAAAAAACAGCAUACUGGCACCAUACUUAUUUGUAAUAUUGUUUCUCGGCUGUUUGUUGUACAUGUUGCAGUUCAUAAAUAAAGGUUUAUAAAAAAAAUACAAUUAAAAAAAAUGUAUCCUAGCGAUUAAUUUGAUAAUCGAUUAAUAUGUCGAUUAUUACUUCGAUUAAUCGAUUAAUAAUAUGAUAAAAGAGACAAACUACAUUUCUAUCCUUUCCAGUAUUUUAUUGAAAAAAAACAGCAUACUGGCACUAUGCUUAUUUUUAAUAUUGUUUCUCGGCUGUUUGUUGUACAGUUUAUAAAUAAAGGUUUUUAAAAAAAAUAAAAUA